UCAAAUGCAGUCACACCGCUACUAGCUGGCCCUUCGAGCGUUUUCUCCGAAGGAUUUCCCAAUUUUUGAAAUAAUAUGAGCGGAGGAGGGCCGCCAGGUGGUAGUGCUCCUCCGGGCUACGGCGCGCCUCCCAUGGGGUUCAGGAUGCCUCCCCCUGGGCCAGGACUACCCCCGCGCAUGCCACCCCCAGGCUUUAUGCCCCCCAGUGCCCCUCCCGGCAUGCCACCCCCUGCAUUCAACGUUCCUCCCCCGGGUUUCAUGGGAUCCUUCGGUCAGCCUCCUUCAGGUGAUGGGAGUGGAGCAGUCAUCUCCGCUGGCCCCCAGCUCAACACCCCUCCAACCAGCAACUCACCAGCGGCAGCACAAUCAGGUUCUCCAGCCACGACCCCAGGCCCCACCUCGAGCAAUGCCUCCCCAGCCAACAUCGCCAUGCCUGGGGCUCCCUCACCUGCCCUGCCGACAACAACACCAAGCACCCCUUCCACAACCAAGAGCGAGAGCAGCAAAGAAAAGAAGAGUGUAUGGACAGAGCACAAAGCCCCAGACGGACGCAUCUAUUUUUACAACACAGUCACCCGCCAGUCUGUCUGGGACAAGCCUGAUGAAUUAAAGACACCAGCUGAGCUGUUGCUUUCACAAUGCCCUUGGAAAGAGUACAAGUCAGAGAGUGGCAAAACCUACUACCAUAAUGUUCACACCAAAGAGUCACGAUGGACGGUCCCCAAGGAGCUGGAAGACCUGAAGGCCAAAAUCGCUGCUGAGGAAAAUGCGAGCAAAGCUGGAAGUACAGAUGAGAAAAAGCCAUCUUCUGCGCUAGACCAGGCCAUGGCUGCUACUCUUGCUGCCAUCCAGGUGCCAACAGCAGCAAAAGCCCCAGAGAAGAAGGCUUCUCCCACGGAUAAAGAAGAGCUCGGUAAAACCAUCACUCUAGAGGAAGUGAAGGAAGUCACAGAACCAAAGCAGCUGGUCUUCAAGGACAAGAAGGAGGCUUUGGAGGCCUUUAAAGAGUUCUUGCGGGAUAAGGGUGUUCCGAGCGAUGCCACCUGGGACAAAGCUGUCAGAAUGAUCCAGAAUGACGCACGCUACGAAGCCUUCAACAAGCUUAAUGAGAAGAAACAGGCAUUCAACGCGUACAAGGUUCAGCGGGCAAAGGAGGAGAAGGAAGAGCAACGGUUACGUGCUAAAAAGGCCAAAGAAGACCUUGAACACUUCCUCCUGAACUGCGAACGCAUGAACUCUUCCGUGAAGUAUUACCGAUGUCAUGAAAUGUUCCAGCACCUGGAACUGUGGAAGGUUGUGCCAGAGAGCGAGCGCCGUGAAGUGUACGAAGACGUGGUGUUCAACCUGGCCAAGAGGGAGAAGGAGGAGAACAAAGCCAUGCGGAAGAGGAAUAUGAAGGUCCUGAGUGAAAUCCUGGACAGCAUGACAAACAUCACCUUCAAGACGACAUGGUCUGAGGCACAGCAAAUGCUGAUCGACAAUCCCACUUUUGCUGAGGACACAGAUCUCCUUAGUAUGGACAAGGAAGAUGCCUUGAUUGUAUUUGCCGAGCACAUCAAACAGCUGGAGGAAGAGGAGGAGGAAGAGCGUGAGAGGGAAAAGAGACGGAUCAAGAGGCAGCAACGCAAAUGCAGAGACAACUUCACCGCUCUCCUGGACGAGCUCCACGAGCAAGGCAAGCUCACAUCCAUGUCCCUCUGGGUGGAGCUUUACCCUAUCAUUUCUGCAGACAUUAGAUUCACAGCCAUGCUAGGUCAGCCAGGGUCAACACCACUCGACUUGUUCAAGUUCUACGUGGCAGAUCUCAAGUCUCGCUUCCAUGAUGAGAAGAAGAUUAUCAAGGAAAUCCUCAAAGAAAAGGCAUUUGAAGUCCAGGUUAAGACAAGCUUCAAGGAAUUUGCUACUGUUGUGUGUGACGACCCACGCUCGGCCACCCUUGAUGCUGGCAAUGUGAAACUCACCUAUAAUGCUCUCAUUGAGAAGGCUGAGGCCAGGGAGAAAGAGCGGCUGAAGGAGGAGGCCCGGAAGAUGCGUCGGCUGGAGGCAGGGUUGCGCUCGGCUCUGAAGUCCAUUGGAGUGGACUCGGGCUCCACGUGGGAAGACGUCCGGCCACGCGUCCAGCACCUGCCGGCCUUCACAGCAGUCACCAUUGAAGCUGAGCGCAUCAGGAUAUUCAAGGAAUAUCAACAACACCUGGAGGAAGCGUGUGGCCACCACCACUCGCGCAACAAAAAGAAGAGCAAGAAGAAGGAUCGCAAGAGAUCACGAUCGAGGUCGCACUCCUACUCGUCUGAGAGCGACGAGGGCCACCACAAGAGGCGCUCUCGCAGGUCGCGCUCCAGAUCCAAGAGUUAUUCAGAGGAUUCGGACGAUGACAGGAGGAGGUCACGCAAAAAGAAGAGCAAGAAGAAGAAGGGCAGGAGCCGCUCGCGCUCCAUAAGUAGCGAGGACUCGUACAGAUCAAAGCGUUCCGGCAAGAAGAAGAAGCACAGGUCGAGGUCCAGAUCCCGGUCUAGGUCACGAGGCGGCUCGUACAGAAGUACUCACGUGAGGUCGCGCGUCCACUCCGAGGGCGAGAGUGCCAGGAGGUCAUCGGAGAGGGAAGCUGGAGAGGUGAGCCUCGAGGAAGGGGAGCUGAGCGAGGACGAGCUGGAGAAGAAGAGAGCUCAGCUGAUGAAGGAGCUCGAGGACAUCAAUUAGAUGGCGUGCAGUACGAUAUAUAUUUUAUAUUUUGUUUUAUCUUUUUUUUUCUUUUUUUUUUCUUUUUGGACUUUUUUUUAGGGGGGAGGGGGGGCCUAUAGCAGUAGGUUUCUUGAGGGGAAUUUUGCUUUUCAAGAAGAGCGUUACUCCGACUUAAUGGGAAGUAAUGAUGGUACUGUGACGGGAUGUACCAUGGUGUAUUUAAGAAAUAAAUGGAGUUAAUCUUAC